UUUUUACGCUAAAAACUAAAAACAGACAUUGCACAGAAAAACAAACCAUUCGCCAACCAAUAGUGCCAUGUGGACUCUUGGCAUUCUAUUCCUUAUUGCCAUUUCCAUAUCUGGAGUCAGGUUGAAAACUAAAUGUAAUAUGCCGAUUCCACGACUUCUAGAUCCCCACUGCGGCAUCGGAAACAAAUGUAACUAUAGAGGCAUUAAUAAGUGGGACGUCAAGCGCGAGUCAUGCGUGCGAAAGGAACUUGGACUCCGAGACUUUAUAAAGAUAACACGUGGAUCGUGCCCCAAAGGCGACAAGCCCCCGUGCCCCCCGUGACAAACAUGUAAUAUUAUGUAAUUAAUGUUAAAAUUAUGCUUUAAUAAAAUGGAUUACGAAUUUGCUCA